GUCAAGUGAAAAUUUUCAGAAAGAAUUAAAAGAAAUUAAUCAAAAAAAUUGCAAUUAAAUAUUUCUUUAUAAAAACUUUAUAUUAUUUUUUAAACCAUUAAAAAUUUUUAUAGACGGUGAAGUGAAUAAUGUUUUUUGAUGUACUUGUAAUAAACGAAAGAAUAUUUCGUCUUUAAAAAUUAAUUUCAGCUGGUUUUGUUGUAUUGGCUCCUCCGUUGAAGAAAUAGAAAGAACUACAAAGAUAGACGCCGUGUGGGGCUGGGCUUCUGCCCCGCUGCGUUUGGCGGCAAACAGAAUGGGCGAUGCACUAUUGGGUGAUCGUCCUCCAUCACCAGCACGUCUAUCACAUACCUCGGAAAAACAUCCGAAAGUUACACUUGGAGAAUUGAAUGUUCUACGCCGCCAUCGAGAGUUGUGUGAUGUUGUUCUCAAUGUCGGUGGAAGAAAAAUUUUUGCACAUCGCGUAAUAUUGUCAGCAUGCAGCCCAUAUUUUCGUGCAAUGUUUACCGGUGAACUGGAGGAGUCACGACAAACAGAAGUUACUAUACGUGACAUAGAUGAAAAUGCAAUGGAAUUGUUGAUUGAUUUUUGUUAUACAUCACAUGUAAUUGUUGAAGAAUCCAACGUCCAAACUUUACUGCCAGCUGCAUGUUUACUUCAGUUAGUUGAAAUACAGGACAUAUGCUGCGAAUUUCUUAAGCGACAACUAGAUCCCAGUAAUUGUUUGGGAAUUAGAGCAUUUGCCGAUACUCAUUCGUGCAGGGAACUGCUGCGAAUAGCAGAUAAGUUUACACAACACAAUUUUCAAGAGGUUAUGGAAAGUGAGGAAUUCUUAUUACUACCAGUUACUCAAUUGGUAGACAUAAUUUGCAGUGAUGAAUUGAAUGUCCGAUCUGAAGAACAAGUUUUUAAUGCAGUAAUGUCUUGGUUGAAAUAUAAUGUAGCUGAAAGAAGACAACAUUUGGCACAGGUACUUCAACAUGUACGACUUCCUUUGUUAAGUCCUAAAUUCCUAGUUGGAACGGUGGGCUCUGAUUUGCUCGUGAGAUCUGAUGAAGCAUGUCGUGAUUUAGUUGAUGAAGCCAAAAAUUAUUUAUUGCUUCCUCAAGAGAGACCAUUAAUGCAAGGACCACGCACAAGACCGAGAAAACCUACGCGCAGAGGGGAGGUGUUGUUUGCUGUUGGUGGCUGGUGUUCAGGUGAUGCAAUAGCAUCUGUUGAGCGAUUCGAUCCACAAACAAAUGAUUGGAAAAUGGUUGCACCCAUGAGCAAACGUCGAUGUGGUGUAGGUGUUGCUGUACUUAACGAUUUAUUAUAUGCAGUUGGUGGCCAUGAUGGCCAAAGUUAUUUAAAUAGUAUUGAACGCUACGAUCCUCAGACAAACCAGUGGUCAUGCGACGUGGCACCAACGACUUCUUGUCGUACUAGUGUUGGAGUUGCUGUAUUAGACGGAUUUUUGUACGCUGUUGGUGGUCAAGAUGGCGUUCAAUGCCUAAAUCAUGUAGAACGCUAUGAUCCUAAGGAAAAUAAAUGGUCGAAAGUUGCUCCAAUGACAACGCGGCGCCUUGGAGUUGCUGUGGCCGUUUUAGGGGGAUAUCUAUAUGCAAUAGGAGGAUCAGAUGGUCAAUGUCCUUUGAAUACUGUCGAACGCUAUGAUCCAAGACAAAACAAAUGGUGCGCUGUUAAUCCAAUGUCGACUAGGCGAAAACAUUUAGGCUGUGCUGUUUUUAAUAAUUAUAUUUACGCUGUUGGAGGCCGCGAUGAUUGCAUGGAAUUAUCAUCCGCAGAACGAUAUAAUCCACAUACAAAUACGUGGAGUCCGAUUGUAGCAAUGACAUCUAGAAGAAGUGGGGUUGGUCUUGCUGUUGUUAAUGGUCAAUUAUAUGCUGUUGGGGGAUUCGAUGGAUCUGCAUAUUUGAAAACAAUUGAAGUUUAUGAUCCGGAAACAAAUCAAUGGAGAUUAUGUGGUUGUAUGAACUACCGGCGUUUGGGCGGUGGAGUUGGAGUAAUGCGAGCGCCGCAAACUGAAAACUAUAUGUGGAUUCGGAAAGAUUCUGUCGUUUGAAUCGGAUCUUCAAGGAUUAACUUAAAAUUUAAACGAUUCCUUUGAAAUAUUUUAUACCUACACAAAUGGAAUAUACAGUAUCACAAAUAGAAAUUGUACUAAAACUGUUCGAGCUGCUAAAACUAUGUACAUUUAUAAUAAAAUUUGUUUUUAACGAUUUUUUGAAUAUGCAUUUAGAUACACAUAUAUAUAUAUAUAUGGAUAAUAUUCAUAUAUAUAUAGAUUUAUAUAUGUCAUUAUAUUUAAUAUUUAUGUAUAUAUAUAUUUAUUUAUUUAUUAAAUACGUACUUAUGUGUAUCUACUAAUAUGGAAUUUAAUGUACAUUUUUAAUAAAAUUUGUUUUUAAAGAUUUUUUUGAAAAGGCAUUUAGAUAUACAUAUAUAUAUGUCGAUAAUAUUCAUAUAUAUAUAUAUAUAGAUGUGUAUAUAUCAUUAUAUAUCUUUUAUAUAUAUAUGUAUAUAUAUAUUCAUUUAUUUAAUAAAUACGUACUUAUAUGUAUCAUCUAAUAUGCACACAUGUUAAUGAUGAAAAAACGUAUAAAAUUCAAAUAAUAAAAAACCUUCAGAAUUUUUGUAACCUGUUCAGCAGUUUUCUUUUGUAAUAUUUCAAUCAACAGCAAUUGUGAGAAAAAUAAAGGAUGUUUUUGUUUUUCAAAUAAUUUUAUAACACAAGUACAUAUUAUUAUAUAAUAUUUUCUAAAAUGUAAAUUUUAAUUAUAAGUAUUUUUUUUAUUAACAUAGCAACAUCAAAUAAAAAUUAAUAGAUAGAAACAAAAUAUUUUGCAAACUUUUUUUUGCAGCAAAGAACGUUUUUUUUUCUAAAAUGAAAAAUUUCAAUUUGAUACAAAUAACAAUUCAUAAUAUUUUAAUACUUUUCAAUUUAGCUUUUUAAUAAGAGUUAUGUUAAAAUAAAAUGGGACCGGUUAAUUGAAUAAAACCUGCAUUUUGCAACAAAGCGAAGGCUUUAUUUAUUCCAUUUUAUAUAUGUAUAUAUAUACAUACAUAUUUAUUUUUGU